AUUAUCAUGCUGGUUGUCUUGAGAGCAAACUGUUAUCGAAAUUAAAGUGAACCUGGGGUUGAAAAACCUGUAAGAAAUCUGGUUUCAAAGGGUAAAAAUGUACAGAAUCAUGAAUCGUGCUCGUAUGCAACAAUGCUUAACCAUUUUAUUGAUGACAGCCUAAUGUUUUAUCAGAAUAAUGGAAGAUGAAACAUCUGAUUAGACUCAUCAUGGUCAAGAGGCCUUAAGUUCUUCUCAGAGGCAUCAAGUUUAACAAGUAAUGACCAGAAUCGAAACUAGCAUGUUUGUGCUGAAGUUUGUUGACCCAAAUAUAGGUGUAACACUUAUCGUUAGACUUGAUACUUGAAAGCCCCGAAAAGAUAGUAUCAAAACGAUCAUAACUGCAUUGAUUUUCAAUAUUGGAAUUAGGAUUUGGUGCUUAUCUUUUGCCCUGUUUCAAAUUUAAAUUUUGCACCAAUCUUAUCAUCCUUCUUUACUGUCCAUCUUCAAUCCAACAACGUCUACUUCUCCACAUUUGCUCCAUCUGACGUUCCUUCAUGCACGCUAAUAUGAUCCAAGAAGCUGGUCCUCAUACCCAAAGAUCGACGUGGAUAACCAAUAUUAACCAUUUCUUUCAUCUGCCAAACCGAAAAAUCUACACCCUCUUCAUCAUCAGCAGCACUGCCACCUUCUCUUUAGGCAUUGCAAUGAUAGUUCAAUGGGUCUUGUACGGCCAAUACCACCUAGAAGGUUUCCAUUGGAUGGUCUAUAGUGCUUCGGCCAUAACAUCGUUGCCCAUCCUCAUAUGGAUCAUCUUUCUGCUCUUUGCCAUACGCUUCCAUGCAUCACCAUCCUCCAACCUCCCAAAACCGCAGGCUCAUCAGCAGACAGACACCGAGGCAGCCGCUGCUCAGGAUGACCUAGCUAUGGUGCAAACAGAAAUUCUUAAUGAUCAUCCAUCUGGCUUGAAUGAAGAGCAGCCUGCAUGUGAAAGCCUGAUACCAGUUUCUCAACCAGGGGACAAUAUUGAUAACAAGCAAGCUCUGAAACGAACACUUUCUUUGCCUUUGUCACACGUUCCUGCUGAUUAUAGCAACUUUAAGCGUUCAACGAGUCUUAAACAAUGAAUAAUAUUAUAUCAGGUAAGUUGCUUUAACAAUUUUUAGUUCCUAUCUCUUUGUUUAUUGAUCUAGUAUUUAAUCUAAAAUGGCAGUUGAUAAAAAUUUUGUACAAAAAAAUAACU